AUGCCUGAUCUCCGUCGCCAAAUCUUCGAAAGCGGCAAGACCGUCUCGCGGAAGGCUGCUUCUCGAGAAGCCUCCCGCACUAAUUCCCGGCAAAGCUCCAAGCAGACAUCCCGCCAAUCAUCCCGCAAUGCGAGUCGACACCCCUCGGACGACGAAGACUCCGGAUUCCUCUCUGAUGAUACGGCUAUGAGCAUCGGUUCUCUCGAUGAUGAGAACCCAGAGCAGGACAAUGUCGACUGGCCGCAGGAGUUAGCCGACCGAGUCCAAGAGAUUCUCGAUCGCAAGCGCAGUAGUACUCAAGGCCGUGAGGAGGCACUCGCAGCUUUUUGCCGUCUUACCAAAUACCACUAUGCGGAGGAAGAGAUUCGCCCGUACGUCACCGACCUCUUGACCUCUUUUGCACGAAGCGUGCGGAAUGAGUCGAGUACGCGCGAAUCUACCUUUGCUCUUCGUGCCAUCGAACUGCUAGUGAUCACCUCGUCCGACGAUAAAAUCUAUGAAAAUGCCGAGUCAUUGCUGACCCGAAUUAUUCGCGACUCAACAUCCAACAAUGUGAAAGCCGCUGCGAUCCAGGCCCUUGGUGCAUGUGCAAUUUUUGGUGGGGCGGGCGAGGGCGGUAUUCUUGAUCAGAUGACCUUCCUGCUAGAUAUUGUUGCUUCAGAUGGACAGUCGAUCGGUGCAGCCGAUGACCCCACUAGUGUGACGGCGGCCCUGCAGGUCUGGGGCUUCCUUGUCACCGAGGUCGACGACUUCGAAAGCGAAAGCGAAGAAGCAGUCCAGAUCUUUAUCGACCAACUCGAUAGUAGUGAUCCAGGCGUCCAAAUUGCCGCCGGCGAGAACAUCGCCCUUCUUUACGAAAAGAGCUUCACCCCACAAGAGGAUGAUGAGGACGAGGACAGUGAGGAAUCAGACGAAAGCGGCGACCACAUGCUCGAUGAUCCCACUGGCCCCAAGCUGCUCAGGCGCUACAAUGCCUAUCAUAAUACCCCCGAGCUGGAGCGACAGCUCACCAAACUGGCCACGGUCCACUCGAAGCGGAUCAGCAAACGCGACAAGAAAUCCCUGCACAGCAAUUUUGCCUCGAUCCUCACUACCGUUGAGAACCCCCGCCGCGGUCCACGCUACAACAUGGCCAUCGAUCAGGAUACAAACCGACACUACGGCAGCACAUUGACAGUCAAGAUCGGGCGUCAUGGGAUUAUGAGCAUCGACCGCUGGUGGAAGUGGGUUCGACUGUCGUCUCUCCGGCGCAUUCUGCAAGGCGGAUUUGCCGAGCAUUACUUUCAAGGUAACCGGGCUGUCCUGGAAAACCUUCCAGUUAUGAUGCGAAUGCCCGAGACCGGUGCGGGGAGCAGUGCCGGGUCGAGUGAUCGCCGGAGCGCGCAGAAGGCGGCCAAGAUGCGGAAUGCCCGGCGUUGGACGGCGCAGCACUCGGACGAUGAGGAUUAA